UCUCAACGGCGAUGGAUUUUGGGAUAGAAACUUCAAAAUGGUUGGAAAAGUCAAGGUUGGUUGGAAGAGUCAAGGUUGGGUGGAAGAGUCAAGGUUGGGUGAAGAGUCAAGGUUGGGUGGAAGAGUCAAGGUUGGGUGGAAGAGUCAAGGUUGGUUGGAAGAGUCAAGAUUGGGUGGAAGAGUCAAGAUUGGGUGAAGAGUCAAGGUUGGGUGAAGAGUCAAGGUUGGAUGGAAGAGUCAAGGUUGGGUGGAAGAGUCAAGAUUGGGUGGAAGAGUCAAGGUUGGGUCUCAACGGCGAUGGAUUUUGGGAUAGAAACUCCAAAUUGGAUGGAAGAGUCAGGGUUGGUUGGAAGAAUCAAGGUUGGGUGGAAGAGUCAAGGUUGGGUGAAGAGUCAAGGUUGGGUGAAGAGUCAAGGUUGGGUGGAAGAGUCAAGGUUGGGUGGAAGAGUCAAGGUUGGGUCUCAAUGGCGAUGGAUAUUGGGAUAGAAACGCCAAAUUGGAUGGAAGAGUCAAGGUUGGGUGGAAGAGUCAAGGUUGGGUGGAAGAGUCAAGGUUGGGUGGAAGAGUCAAGGUUGGUUGGAAGAGUCAAGGUUGGGUGGAAGAGUCAAGGUUGGGUGAAGAGUCAAGGUUGGGUGAAGAGUCAAGGUUGGGUGGAAGAGUCAAGGUUGGGUGAAGAGUCAAGGUUGGGUGGAAGAGUCAAGGUUGGGUGGAAGAGUCAAGGUUGGGUGGAAGAGUCAAGGUUGGAUGGAAGAGUCGAGGUUGGGUGGAAGAGUCAAGGUUGGGUCUCAACGGCGAUGGAUUUUAGGAUAGAAACUCCAAAUUGGAUGGAAGAGUCAGGGUUGGUUGGAAGAGUCAAGGUUGGUUGGAAGAGUCAGGGUUGGGUGGAAGAGUCAAGGUUGGUUGGAAGAGUCAAGGUUGGGUGGAAGAGUCAAGGUUGGUUGGAAGAGUCAAGGUUGGGUGGAAGAGUCAAGGCUGGGUCUCAACGGCGAUGGAUUUUGGGAUAGAAACGCCAAAUUGGGUGGAAGAGUCAAGGUCGGGUGGAAGAGUCAAGGUUGGGUGAAGAGUCAAGAUUGGGUGGAAGAGUCAAGGUUGGGCCUCAACAGCGAUGGAUUUUGGGGGCCGUUGGAUCAAAACACAAAGUUUUGGUCACUGGGGAUGAAUUUUGGGAUAGAAACGCCCCAAUUGGGUGGAAGAGUCAAGGUUGGA